CGGGCGGUGUGUGCGGGGUGUAGGAGGGGGAGUGAUACGACAGGUUUUGACUCGCAUUUUCUAUUGUACAUUCAUAGAGAACGCACGCGUGCAUUCUGUGUAAUAAUUAUUAUAAUCACUGAUCAACCAAGGAGUGGAAAAAGUUAAUAGACAAGGAUAUUUUAAUUAGUUUGGUGGAAGAUGGGCCAGUCCUUUGGGUCAAGACGCUGGAUAAAUACAAAGACAAUACUGCAAGUAUUGCAGGUUGGCGCGAAAUAUGCGUUAUUCUAAUGGAGGAUUUUGAGGCUAUGGAACAUGACAAAGACAAGAGUUCGACGUCUGGUUCCGCUGUCUCAAACACGAAGCCCUACAAAUACCAUAAUCAGAUUCUGUUUUUCAAAAAAGUAGUUGCUGCUGGUGAAACGCAUGAAAGCGUAUCUGCUAAACAAACUGAAGAACACACCAAAGAUGACACCAUGACAUCUAAUGAACCUACAAACGAAGAUGACAGUGUGACUACAAUAACACAACUUGACAAUGACAGUCAAAAGGACAAACAAAAUCUAGCCUCCCCGCCAAAACGCAGAGCACCAGCCAAACGAAAUUUUAAUGAAAUGUAUGGCAAAAUGAUGUCCUACAUUGACUAUCAGAUAAAACCUAAGAAAACUGAGCAGGAUGAUCGCAAUUUAUCGUUCUUCAAAGGUAUUUUGCCGUCCUGCUUGAUGAUGACCAAACUUUGGAAUUCCAGUCAGGGGUGA